GUUGAGCGGAGGAAACUCAUCGUCAGCUCCAGUUCAGGAGGAGACUCCAGGCUGCCCACAUCAUCAGAGGUUGCCAUGAAAAAUCACCCUGACUCUCAGUCGCAUUGUUGCAGGAAACAACAUCUGCACCUCUAACCGUCGCCACUGCAUCGACUAAUCAACGUCGAGCUGAACGCGCCGUCUUCUGCCGCCGAAUCGCUCCCGUCGCCCUGCCGUCGCUUUGGCUCGAGAUCCCAAUCGCACAGUCGUUCUGUCAGCUCCAAGGCCGUCGCUGCCUUGAAACAAGUGGCGAAGUCGAGCAACAGAGUGGAGGGAGACGCGCAGAUUAUAGUGCUACUCCGCUGAGAGUCAUGGAGAACAGAAUCAUAUUUGAGAGCAGGAUUACAAUAGCCGCCGUAAACUGUAUGCAGCAAUGCCCAAACAAGCACGACGCCAUAUAGAAACACAGUUGUAGCAGAUGAGCUGUCGAAGGCAGCAAACCUAGGUGGCAACAUAAACCCAAGAUGCUGCGGUGGUGUCGUCUGCAAAGCCAAGAACUGAAUUCUGUGCGGAGGACAUUCACCUCCAUCUAUAAAUGGGCUCAUAUUUCCCCUCGUCUGUCUGUCAGCAAGACACUGCAAAAGUUAAUCAGUGGAUUUGGAUGAAAUUUGGCGGCAGAUGGCUCUGGGCCGAGGUUCAGCGGAUCAGAUUUUGGUGAUGUCUGGGACGGCUGCCACUGCACAAUUAUCAUCCACACCCAUAGACGUGAUGCUGCGUUCAAAGGUCUGUGCUGAGCUGCUCGUGUCCAACACAAGCCACGCCCCUUCCUCUCAACACGCGGUCCCGUCUCCGUCAGCGUCUUAAUUAAUGGACGCUUGUCUCCGCUGUGAUCGACGGAGCCACGACGUGUCGCUCAGUGUCGACGUGAAGGCAAAUGAAAUCAUGACACAGUUUGUCAUGAUAAUUCACAGUCCUCACUGGGAACAGUUAGGAUUAGUUCUCAUCAAAGUGCGGCUGCCAGCUGUCUGUCAGAGCGCAGAGGAGGCGGCGGGCGCUAAACGAUCACGCACGCGGCCAAACCGGGAGCCUGUGGAAAAGUUAAUUAAGUUAAUUAGGUUUUGACCGGAUUGUGAUUCAUUUAUACUAUUAUGAACCACCGGUGUGAGUAGGAAGCUAUGGUAUCAUCCAUGAUUAAAGCCUUCAGGUGACCUGUGACCCACCGGGGGAAGAAUCAAGGCCCAGGAAGUCCACUGUUCACACAGGCAGCACAAACCUGAAGGACACAACAGCUCACAACCUGCUGUCCGACUCCCAUCAUCCACUGGACCAGAGCUGUGGACGCAGGUGCGAGUGAGCCAGUGUCCAAAUCCACCGGAGCCGAGUUCUACAGCAAAUCCCUGUAAUUCCUGACACGGCGGCUGUGUCUGAGGAGCUAAACACGGCCCCGGGGAAACACCACGUGCUCUGUGCGGCUCUGAAGAAGCCAGCGGACACAGGUCAGCCUUCAGAGGAACACACACUGGGACUAAACUGUGGCAAAUGUAGGAAGAAGAACCCCCUCCCAGUCCUUAAACAUGGUACGACCAGGAAGUGUUCAUUUUGGCCACUGACCAGAAAACAGGAUGAAAUGAGCGACACCUCCACCUGCUGCAUCGGCCCAGCGCCGCUGCCAGUUUAACGUCUCCUCAUCUGAGCAGACGUCUCGGCCGUGAAAUUCAGCCAACGCAAGCGAAGGUCAUGAUAUUUGACAGUUACCAUAGAGCCCCUGCCUCCUGUUGUUGUGGGAGAGACUGUUACUCUCAAGUGUAACUUCAAAACUGACGGAAGGCUUCGAGAGAUCGUUUGGUACAGGGUCACAGAUGGAGGCACCAUCAAGCAGAAAAUCUUCACCUAUGAUGCUAUGUUUAAUACCAAUUACUCUCACAUGGAGGACUACCGCAGACGCGAGGACCUCGUGUACCAGUCGACCGUCCGGCUCCCAGAGGUCCGGAUCUCGGACAACGGGCCUUACGAAUGUCACGUGGGCAUCUACGACCGGGCAACGAGGGAGAAGGUCGUCCUGGCUUCAGGGAAUGUUUUUCUUACUGUUAUGUCACCUCCAAACAACAUAUCGGUGGUGGCGGAGAACACUCCAGCUCCAUUCAGUCGAUACCAAGCCCAGAAUUUCACUCUCAUCUGCACGGCGAAGGGGGGGAAGCCGGCGCCGUCGGUCUACUUCAAGCGCGAUGGAGAGCUGAUAGAGGUCAUCUCCUACACGCUGCCCUCCACCACUGAGCAGGGGGGCGUGGCGGCGGGGGUCCGGGGGGCCCGGCCGCUCAUCAGCAGGGACCUGGACGACACCAAGCUGCAGCGCUCGCUCUCCCUCCUGGACCCGGAGGGCCGCUCGGCCCGUCUGUACACCGACAGCCCCCAGCGCCUGCACACGCAGGGCCAGCAGGCGUCCGAGCCCAGCCCGGCCACCGAGGUCAUCCCCGAGACCGUGGUGAGCCGCGAGUUCCCCCGCUGGGUGCACAGCACCGACCCGCUCUACUUCUUCAGCCACACACACGUGCCCCAGAGCGACGGCUCGGUGGUGGUGCAGGCCCGGCUCACCUGGACCCUCAACCCCCAGCUGGACAACGACGCCCUGUUCAGCUGCGAAGUCAAGCACCCGGCGCUGUCCAUGCCCAUGCAGACAGAGGUGACCCUGGCUGCUCCUAAGGGUCCCAAACUUUUGAUGUCCCCCAGCAGGGCGAAGGUAGGGGACACGGUGCGCAUCACUGUGCAAGGUUUCCAGGUAGGAUCGCCCGGGAACGAGGUGUUCCCCGAGCCCCUGUUCACCUGGACGCGGGUCGGGGGCCGCCUCCUGGACGGCAGCGCCGAGCGCGAGGGGAGGGAGCUGAUUCUGGAGAGGGUGCCCGCCGAGCUCAACGGCUCCAUGUACCGCUGCACGGCCCAGAACCCCCUGGGCUCCACGGAUACGCACACUCGUCUCAUAGUCUUCGAGAAUCCAAGCAUGAUGAAGAACACGCAGAAUCAGAACAAUGGCGCCCGCCGCCUGGACGCGCUCGGACUAACGUGGACGGCCCUCGUCCUCACAGUGACAGCGGAGCUGACGUGAAAGCGCCCUUCAACGACACACACACGCACACACACACACACACGCACACACACACACACGCACACACACACACGCACACACACACACGCACACACACGCACACACACGCACGCACACACACACACACGCACGCACGCACGCACGCACGCACGCACACACACACACACACACGCACACACACACACACACACACACACACACACACACACACACACACUCUUACCGCGGUCCUGCAAGCCUUCUCCAGCCAUCAACAGACCCUCCAUGCGUGAGUCGAUCAGGAAGCGGCGCCGCCACCGGACGGCGCACCACUGUUUUUGUAACGGACCAAUGACAUCAGAAGAACAAGGUGACGGACAACGACCACAUCCUAUAUAUGCCCCGCCCAGUUACGCCCUCUUUUGUUUCUUGUCCCACAUCUGCCUGUUGAUCAAUAAAUCGGUUGGUUUGAAAAGAAAAGAAAAAAAGCCCUGGGAUUUUACUUUGGUAAGUGCCGUGUGGUGGGUGUGACGUGAGGAGUGGAACUGGCUCUGGCUUCGCCGCCGCAUCAACCACGCCCGUCUGCUGCGUGUCCUGGGACGCGCUGAUCAGCAGCAACUGAUAAUCCAGCGGGGAAUAAACACAGAUGCUCGAUGAGAACAUUGUUUCGUUUUUUUUAUUAUUAUUAAUAUACAAGUAUUCCUUUUUUCUGAUGGCUCAGAAUGUACAUGGAUUUAAAUGCAUUGCGAAACUAUAAAAAAAGAAUCUCCUUUUUGAGUGUAUUUUGUGUACAUCAGUGUAAAUAUUGAAAAUAAUUAAAGAGGCUAUAUGGGUUCCGGUGAGGGAGGGUCGCUGAGCUCCUCGGAGUUUACACUUGUCCACCUUUGUUUGUACUUCAUUCAACACUGUCUCCAGAGAUCAUCCUUGGCUGGAAGGACAAAAACAUUGACAGCCUUUCUGUUUCUCAUUUGGGCUUUUUCUAUCUACACGGCUGGUCUGCAGGGACAGUAAAAAAUGAUCUAACAUAUGUCUACUGUUAUGGGGUUGUGGUGCAUGUGACGUUUGACGAUGAUUUCUCUUUUCGGUGUGUUGCGAUUGACAGCACUGCAACUCAUUGUCACUGGCCUGUAAUCCAGUUAUUUACUUGUGACAUACUAUCUUAAGUAACCUACAUUGUGUACAAUGCGUAACUCUUACCCAGACAUUUACGGUACUAGUCGGAUCAUCUUAGCCGCCAUUUGCAGGGAGGUGCUGCCUGAGGCAGUGUGUGUAAACGGGCUUGUUGGAUUUGUUUCAUUUCACCUGUAUUAAAAUGGACAGAUGAUAAAACCCA